AUGUUAUCGAAGCGCGGAGUGGCUGAAGACAUUGAGGAUGAAAUAGUUGGCCGAGACCACAACGUCCUGGAAAUGGAGCAUAUCCUAAAAAGGAGUAGGAAGCUACUACUCUAUGGGCAAGGCAGUUGUGGGAAGACUGCACUUCUCCAUUACUGUGAAUCAUGGUGGAAAAAGUCCAAUCUCAUUGGGGAUUCUUACUACUUUGAUUUCUCGACGCUACUGAACAAGGAUGGAAAGUUUGAGGAUAUUAUUUCGGACAUCAGCAAGCUAUUGUCACCGUCCCAUACCAUACUAUCGGAGGACUCUAUUUUGGAUAUUCUACGCAAUCGCCAAACACCAAUUGCUUUAAUCCUGGACAGCAUUGAAACGUUGGAUAGUCCAGGCUUCUGGCAAACAGCUCACUUUCCGGAGCCGGAGCAGGCAAAACUGUGGGCAUUCCUCAAGCGGGUGUGUCGCGGCGAAACAUAUCUCAUAUUCGCCUCUCGAGUAGCCAGUGGUCCUGUCUCAGAGUCUAUACCUGAAAUGAUCCCUUAUUGCCUCGAUGGCCUCUCAGUGUCAGCAUCCGCCCUGCUUGCUGAGAGGAUGAUCAAGGAAAAAGCUCCUCAGAACGCCGCCAAGCUGGAGACCAGGCAAAGUGUUGACUAUCUUCGUCGGAUUUUCAUUUUGCUCGAGGGUAACCCGGAAGCCAUCAUGGCGGUCCUCCCCAACUUAUGGAAAAGCGACCUAUCCACGAAGGAACUGUUUGAAAUGUUACUGAGCGAAGCUUGUCCAUUGGACGAGGUGAUUUCGCAAAACUCUCGAUUCCUGAGGACGAUUCGUUCCGUCAAUUCCCAGCAAGAAUUCUUUUCUGCAUUCGGCACAGGAUACAUCAUUCCGUGGCACCUCUUCCCCUUCUGGAACAUCAUGCCUGCCAGACUCGACGAGUACUUUUACUUUAUGUACUGGAAGCUUGGGGGCUUAUCAGGUAGCUUUGCUCGCGAGAGGUCUUACAGUUACAGCUUGACUAUUAAUAUGGAGGUCGAUGCGUUCGAAGUGAAUCACCAACUUCGCACCGAGGAUACUCUGGAACGAAUACUUGAAAGCCUGGAAAAAGCCGGCAUUAUUCAUCCUGUCCAAGCAACUUUCAAGGAGGAGGAUGAGGAAGAGGAAGAAGAGGACGACAGGCUGCAUGCUGAUGAGCGCGAUCUCUGGCAUGUGCAUCCCCUAUUCACUCUGUGCGCGAGGAGUAUGGCUCCGGAUGAGAUCUUGCAUGCCGGAAAGUACGCUUUUGUACGACACCAAAGCGUUUGGGGGAAGAAAUCAUUGAGACACAACUCUCCAAAGUUUCAAGAGGUUGUGUGGGACAAUGAGAUUCAGCACGUGGACCACUCCUGGAACAACCACAUUGCCGCCCUUUUGAUCUCACUCAGCGGAGACAUUGUCCAAGAAACACACACUCAUGGAUUUCCAAUGACCGAUGUACUUCUCCUAAGUGUAGAAGAAGGUUUUCACCACAACCGCCGGCUCAAUGAAGUCGUCAAGCCAAUAGCACGACGGCAUAUCAAUCGCCUUUUUGCCCUACCGACGCUUCGAGGCGACGGCCUCUUUUCUGGAUUCGAAAAGAACUCAUUGUUGUCCAACGUCUACCGCUUUGUCAAGGACGAUGCUGCCAACGCCUCAGAGCUUCUAGAGGCCACACUCGUCCUGGGUACAUUGUGGAGAAACCAGGCUCAGGAUCUAGAUAAUGACUGGCUGUCAUCGAACGAGCAAUCAUGGCUUGAGUUAUCUCUUACAAAAUGUCAGCUCACGAUGGUGGAGAGCCAUGCUGAGGCGAAGGGGGAACUUGAAAAAGUUCUGCAGACAGAUCCGUUAUUUCCACUGUCAGAUCCGCUUUACGGUGCGAUUCGACGAGUAUACGCCCAAUUACUCAUGCUCUGGUUUCAGUGUGCCGCAUAUCAAAUUGGCCUUGAAAAGGGCAUGGACAAGAAAACGAUGAUGACGAGCGGAGCCAAAAUGUUCAUCGAGCUGGCAAAAGCAAGCAAGAUAGGCGACAUGUUUAAGAACUUUUUCGAGAACCCUGAUAUUAAAGACAGCUUGCACUUGCCACUCAGAGAUGGCAUGGCUCCGUUGCUUCAACAAUUCUCUGCCGACGUUGAGAAAUUUGGCUUCUUGGUUCAGUCGAUCCUGGACGAACCAAUCUGGAAAAUGUUCUCUUUUCACCGCGACGGGACGGUUGAGGAUCACAUUGUUGAUUUGACGAAACCCGGUGGGAUGAAUAAGAUGUUGACCGAUGUUACAGAGUUUCAUUUUCGCAGUUUGGCUGGCGAAGGUGCCUCCGCGCAGCAUUUGCUAAACGGUGCUAUCGCCGCGCAAACCACGUCAGCCUCGGGAGGGCCCAGGGAGCUGCUUGCUUUGCUAGAAAUGUCCUAUUUUGAGGCCAAAGAACAGGGCGACUGGUUAAAGACGCUCAAGAUCUUAGACGACAUGGAACGGUUGGAGCAAGACUUGCCAAUGAAGCCAGGAGAUCGAGCUCGACGACAUAUUACUUACGCGGAUUCCUUAGAUGAGCUUGGACGAGGAGACGAGUGUGCACGUCGGAUGAUAAAAGCUUCCGACAUUCUAUUAGACUGUUUGGACGAUGAGCAUGCGAACACCUGGUUCCUUCAAGGUGCCGGGUGCUUCAAGAGUUUGCAAGUUGCGUCCACUGAGGGUCAGCUGAGUUUCUCAGAAAGACACAAGCUUCGCAAAAUCCUCCAACGUGCGGAAGAGUACAAACUAGAUACUGCGAGAAAGAGAGCGAUGAAUGAUCUAAAUGAAAUGAUGAAGCAAGCACGUAUAAUCUUGGGACAGGAUAAUGGUACGCUACCUACAUAA